AUGUAUCGUACAGUCAGCGUAGGUUCGGAUCCUUCAGGAACGUUUCUGUCUCCUGGUAGUGACGGCGGAUCGAUGACCUACAGGACCCUGAACGUACCCUCUCCUAUGUCUCAAGCAACAGGUUAUGCCACAGCAGGUCUUGACGCUGUAUACUUGCAGAACUACGGCGUACAGAGAGGUAGCGCCAGCAGUGUGGACGAGGCUGAAAUAGUUUACCGUCAUGUUGAGGUGGAUAAUGGAAAAGCUCCCUCCGUUUUCAGCCAGACUUCAAGUCCCGCCAAGAGCCCAGAGCCGAUCCCUCAAGAGGUUGAGGUGGUGAACACCAGCAGUGUCAGCGUUCAGGAGGAGAGCGUGGUGGAGGAGUCGGUGGUGGAGUCGGUGGUGCAGAAGUUCUCCAGGGUGGAGGUGAGGGCCGAGCUGCCCGAGCCCGAGCCGGCGCCCAAGCUGGACACGCGCUACUUCGGAGAGCUGCUGGCGGAGGUCUACCGCAAGAACUGUGACAUCCACUCCUGCAUCUCGGAGCAUGUGGCCAAGAUCCGUGGACGGAAACAUCUCCUGGAUCCCACCAUUGACUACAAGGUUGAGAGGCUGGAGGUGGAGGCCUUAAUCCCCAAAGGCCUGUCGGAGCUGACCAAACAGCAGAUCCGCUACCUGCUGCAGACCCGGCUGACGGCUGAUAAGACCAUGCGCCUGCUCCUGACCACCUUCAGCAGCCUGAGAGAGGAGCUGCUGCACAUGCGGGACAACCUCCAUCGCAUAGAGAGUGAGAAAGAGGAGCUGGAGAGGGAUCUGAGCUUCAAGUCUGACCAGGCCGUGCAGUACGACCGCCUUGUCGAGAGUCUGAGAGAAAGCAACCGGCUGAUCCAGGUACAGCACAUGGUAGAAGUGGCCUCUAGUCUCGAAUGCCUCUAG